AAUGAUAGUAUGAGUCUGUGCUGGCAUUAUAUAAUACUACAAGAUUAUGAGAGUACUGGCUGCUGGGAGAAGAUUCCAUAUUGGACUCCUUAUAGUAAUGUCAUGCCAUUAUGGAAUAGGACAGUAUACUCAGAACCCUGAUACAUGAAUUUGUGGCUGUGUGAACUUUUAAAAGAUUGCUGUUUUGAGGACUACUGUGGAGACAUCUUUUUUGAAUUUCUAAGACCAGGUUCACAGAUGAUGCCUACAUAGACGACUGAGAGCAGUUGGGCUGAAUGCUUCAUUGCUGAGCCAGUCACUCAGGUCUCCUGGCUGUCUUGGUUGCUAUGGGAGAUUGGAGGACUAUUACAGUGCCAAUCCCUUCAUCAGAAAGCAAAAAUAUUUCUCAGUUUACCUCAGAAGCCAAUAUGUCUCCUUCAAGUUUAUACUCACAGCAAAUUCUGUGUGCUUCACUACCUUUGGCAAAGAAUGUGCACAAUUUUUUCAGGGCUUUCUGCACAGAAGAGAAUGUUGACCAGAGUAUAUCCUAUCUUGAUCAGGAGCUGACUACUUUAGGUUUUCCUUCAUUAUAUGAAGAGUCCAAAGGUAAAGAGGUUAAAAGAGACUUAAAUAUAGUUGCAGUUUUAAAUUGUAUCCAUGAACUACUUGUACUUCAUCGAAAGAACCUCCUAGCUCAGGAAAAUGUGGAAUCGCAGAAUUUGAAACUGGGAAGUGAUAUGGACCAUCUACAGAACUGCUAUUCCAAGCUGAAGGUACAAAAAUUACAGAAUAUCAUUUCGAGUCGGGCAACUCAGUAUAAUCAUGAUAUGAAGAGAAAAGAACGUGAAUAUAACAAGCUAAAGGAACGUCUUCAUCAACUUGUUAUGAAUAAAAAGGAUAAAAAAACAGCUAUGGAUAUUUUAAAUUGUGUAGGGAGAGCAGAUGGAAAGAGAGGUGCUUGGAGAACUGGCAAAACUGAAGCUAGGAAUGAAGAAGAAAUGUAUAAAAUUCUGUUGAGUGACUAUGAACAACGCCAGAAGCAAAUUCUAUUAGAAAAUGCUGAACUCAAGAAAGUCCUUCAGCAAAUGAAAAAGGAAAUGAUUUCUCUUUUGACACCACAAAAGCAAAAACCUAAAGAAAAAGCUGAAGACAGUUCAGGGACUGUACUGUCAGAUGUUGAAGAAGAUACUUCAGAACUAAGUAAAGAAAAUAUGUGGGAACUCUCUUGUGAAACUGUGAGAGAGCAACUUACUAAUAGCAUUAGGAAACAGUGGCGGAUUUUGAAAAGUCAUGUUGAAAAACUUGAUAAUCAAGUAUCAAGGGUGCAUUUAAGAGGCUUUAAGGAUGAAGAAGUUAUCUCAAGACAGGAUCAUGAGCAAGAAACUGAAAAACUGGAGUUGGAAAUUCAGCAGUGUAAAGAAAUGAUCCAGACUCAGCAACAGCUUUUACAGCAGCAGUUCACUGCAUGUGAUGAUGACACCUCCUCAUUAUUACAAGAUUGUUAUUUACUGGAAGAAAAAGAGCGUCUUGAAGAAGAAUGGGCCUUAUUUAAAGAACAAAAAAAGAACUUUGAUAAAGAAAGACGGAGUUUUACUGAAGCUGCUAUCCGACUAGGACUAGAGAGACAGGCCUUUGAAGAAGACCGAGCUGGUUGGCUAAAGCAACAGUUUUUAACCAUGACUUCCUUUGACCAUAAGAACUCAGAAAAUGGGAAACCUCAAAGUGCCUUCUCAGAAAGUUCUGAUCAGGACAAUCUAACACUGCACUCCGAGCCUUCAGUAUGCACAUCUAAAAUCACUAAAUCUCUUCCUGCUUCCCCUUCUACUUCAGAACUUUUCCAGACAGUUCAACAUAUAUCAGAAAAUAGGUAUUAGCCUAUAAGUGACUUUAUUUUCAUGUACUUCUGAAAAGUUCUAGGUACUUGCAUUGUUGAAACAAAAGCUGCCCUAUCAGUCUUCAUCCAUGGAAGAACUUUCCAUUGUCCAUAGAAAAUAAUUUUUAGUAUUUGACCAAAUACUGGUAUUACAUAUGUUAUGUAAUACAUAUGUAUUAUAAUGUUAGUUCAAUUACUUAAAUCCUUUAAAAAUGUAAUGAUUUAGAAUGAAUGACAAGGAACUAAUUAGCUUUUUAAAAAGUACUUCAAAUACCAAAUCAGUUCAUGAUAAUUAGAAAUUUAUUUAGAGGAAAAAUGUUGUGUAUCUAUUUUAAAAUUUCUAUAAAUGUACCCUUUUAAUCUUUUUAAUAGGAAGACAAGGAACAUACAUCAAUCUACUAAAUUUGCUUGGUGAAGAAGAGUCAGUCUGAGGAUGAUGUGUAAUUUUAGAUUUCCCUACCUUUUCCCCUUAUCUCAACCUAAGAUACUUUUUAAGAUUUUCA